UCGUGUUAUGAUUCGCAAUACAAAAUGUGCUCGACGCAGAUAUAUCGAUGGCUCCUCUUCGCUAGCGCGAUAUCUUCAGGGAAUUUCGCGUACGGAUUCGCUUCUCAGGAUGCGAUCUUUGUGAAUUUCCAUCGCAGAUACAAUGUCUCGAAAGUGCAGGCGAUACUCCGCGACAAUAGUUAUUUACCUCCAGCUUCGAUUCCGGAUUUCUCCGUGCCGGAAGUGAUCGAUAACAGAGCUCGAAACGUAGCGGUCGCGAUGACGGACGAGAUCAGAAACUAUCCCAAUGCGUUGUAUCAUCUUCCCGGACGGGAUUCCUUACGG